GCUCCCAAGGACCAGCCCUUCACCCAGGUGGCUCGGUCCCCCUUAAGAACCUACAUCCAAAAGCCUUGGAGCCUAGGUGGACUGGACCUUACACUGUAAUCCUUACAACCCCCACCGCGGCCAAACUACUUCGUGGCACCACCUCUCCAGACUCAAGAGGACCCCAGAGCAGCAUGGCUUCUAUAAAUGUGAGGUGUUGGGCCCCACUAAGGUCCGCCUUAGUCAUCCUCCCCCUCCUCUUUCUCCUCCCGGCCCUGAGCAACCUACACCCACCCCCACCCGCUUAUGUGUGGAGGUUCAAGGUCCGUGAAACCUACUACCAGGGCAGCACACAAGUCACCCGGCAGGUAGGAUCUCAGGACUGCCCUCUGGUCGAAUGCCAUGCAGAGAUCCUGAUGGCUGUCAACCUCUGGUCAGUGUCCAACGGUGGCAGACCCUAUGCCUGUUUUGCUUACGACCAGCAGAACCCAGACAGGUGUAAUCAAGAUGUCAACACCUAUGGGGGUUGCCGCUGGUCAGACUGUGUCACCCAUGAUGCCUAUAAUGAGGAAGUAGCCAAGACGAUUUCGGCGCCCCCUAUCACCAAAAGGCCGGGAUGUUAGGUCGGAGGGAAGUCCAGGAGCCAAUGCAUGCAACCGCAAGGCAGAUGGUGAUGCAGAUACUGGCCCCUUCUUGGAACCUGUAACAGACCUGCCCUCGGCGAAAACUCCCACAGCUCAUGCUCCCCUGCCCUCACUGAACAGCUGUAUAAAAAACUGCCUCCACUCCCUUUUGGCGCGAAUUCACUGGCCCCGCCC